AUGUCGAAGCAGUUAGUGGUUAAUGGACGUACGAUUUUGGUUGAGGAGCAAGAUGUCGACGAAGUCUGUGCGAUGUUUAAAGAAAACAUCAUUAUCGACAGUGAGGAAGGUUGGAGGUCAAAGGUAUGCUUUAUUUUAGUCUUUUUAAUGAAUGCUAAUAAGCUUUCUUAAAAUAAAACUACGAGUUAACAAACACUUUUUAUGAAAUUUUUUUUCAGAAAGAAAUGGAAAAGUAUUGUGCGUCUACAUUCAUUGAUAAGGCCCGCCAUUACUUAAGUCUGGCUCCACCGGAUUUAACGCAGUGUUCAGAGAAGAUCUGGCUGGCAGCAGUUUUCGCCGUCAAGGAAGUCAAGCGUCAAGAAUAAUUAGAUUUCUUUUUUUUUUCUUUCUAGCGGAGGUAUGAAUCUGAAGUCGCAUAAUUUUUUGAAAUAUUAAUCCGAAUGUUUCAGCAAUAGAUUUGAAGUCACACAAGUCGCUGUCUUUUUUGCGAUUUUGCUUUGGAUUGUUAUGAUGUGCCAAGAAGUCAAUUUCGUCGUCUCACUCGCGCUUGGAUAA